AUGACGCGGAGGCAGAGCAGGAGGAAGAAUUUUAUUAUCAGUGAAAAUGACAGGAUUAGUAACUUGCCUAACUCAAUUCUGCUUCAUAUACUGUCAUUUAUGAAGAUAAUAGAUGCUGUUCAGACUUGUAUCUUGUCAAGACGGUGGAAGGAUAUCUGGAAAUCCAUCCCUAAUCUUACACUACAUACCUCGGACUUUGGAAAGCCUUCUCUUUUCUCUGAUUUUGUGUCUGGGAUUGUGUCGUGCCGUGAUGGCAAUCAUCCCUUGCAUGAUCUCAACUUUGAUCGCCAUGGUUAUUUUCCACAUCGUAUUCUGACCAGUCUCAUGAAUUAUGCCGUGUUACAUAAUAUCCAACAUUUGAAGAUCUAUGUCCCGUAUAAUGUUGGUUUGGAUUGGUGUGUCUUUUCUUGUCAGUCUUUAGUGUCCCUUCAUAUUUCAGUUUCAUGUUACGAUGACAAAAGAAGAACAAGAAUCCCUAAGACUCUCAAGCUCCCAGCAUUAGUAAGUUUGCAUCUUGUGAAUGUUGGGAUUUCUGUUGAUAACAAUGGUUAUGCUGAACCCUUCUCCAUCUGUACCAAAUUAAACACUUUGUUCAUUGACCAAUUUGAAUUAGUCCCUCAUAACUCUCACAUCUUGAGAAUGCCAGGAAUCCUCAAUAUAACCAACACUACACUUGCCAAUUUGACCGUCAAUGAUACUCAUAAUCCAGGUUACAAAUUUGAAAUAUCUACACCUAAUCUAAGUUCUUUCACUUUAAACGGUUCUCCUUUUCGACCAUUGCGUGGACAGGAAGGGGUGAAUGUUGAGCUUCAAUCUUCUUCACUAAAAUAA